CCACAACCUGCCCACAACAACAACGUUGAAUGCGAGACCCUCUUGAUAUACAUACCUACGAUUGGGUGUACUUGUCAAAGUUUCUUUGUUGUUUUUAUGCUCAAAGCAAGAGUAGCUGAUAAUUAUCCCAUAGAAACUGGCGGAACCAUUUUCUAAUUUAUUAUGACUCUCCUGGCUGUCCGAUCUGUAGGCGCCACGCUGCUGUGACCUGAAAACGUCAGCAACUCCAAGAUAUGGAUGUACACAGGGUGUUUCAAGAUUUUAAUCCAUGUAAGUUCACCGUCCACUGCUGCCUGCUGACGUUCACGGCGCUGCUCGCCCUGCGGCUCGAUGGCCAACUCUCGUGGAACUACUGGGCCGUCUUCAGCCCAAUCUGGCUGUGGAACGCGCUGGUCGUACUGGGUGCCGCCGUCGGCAUCGGCGUCUGGCUGCGCUACCCGCACUUCAGGAUGGAGGGCGACGCGUACGUCCACUUCAAGGCGAUGCUGAUCAGCCUAGCAGUGCACCUGGUGCUGCUGAUGUUCGAGCUGCUCGUCUGCGACCGGCUGCAGUCGGGCCGGCACAUGUGGAUACUCGUCUUUGUGCCGCUUAUCUUCAUAUCCAUCCUGAGCAUCGUCGUCUGCGUGUGGGCGGUAAAACACGACCGCUCCUGUGAGCUAGAGCUGGUGUGCGCCGUCAACAUCCUGCAGUUCAUCUUCUUGGCGCUGCGGCUGGACGGCUUCGUGCUCUGGUCGUGGGAGGUGGUGUUCGUGCCUCUCUGGAUCGUGCUCUGUCUCUCGGUGGUCGGACUGUUGUACGCCAUUAUAUUCGCCGGCAUCCUGCUGCGGACGCCGAACGCCAGCCCGGAGCAGCGCCGUACCUCGGCGCAUACGGCCCUGGGCUACAGCUUCCUCAUACUGCCCAUACUGGGCUUCCUGGUGCUGCUGGCCAACAAGCUGGACGAUCUCAGCACACUCAGCUACUUCGCCACCGUGUCGCCGCUGUUCGUCACCUUCCUCACCCUGAUGCUGAUGUCCUUCAGCUCCAAACCCAACAACCAUUGGUGGUUCGGCAUGCGCUGCGACUUCUGCACAUUCCUGCUGGACACGUGUCCCUGUCUGCGGGAGUACUGCAACAUAUCGUACCACGCGCCGGAGCGGAGGACUUCCUCCCCUCCGCAACAGCCGGCGCCGCCUCCCGCCACGGCAGCGGCAGCAGCGGCGAAGAAGAAGGAGAAACCCCUGGCGCCUGUGAUGGUGAUCGAUAUGCCUGACUGAGACGGGUGGGUGACAGUGGGAGUGAACGAUUGGACCCUCGUGAACUGGAAGAUCUACGUUUUCAACUGUGGGAGGAGAGGACUAAGGGAUGCUGAUGGACUCAAUAUGCUGAGUUUGUGAGGGAGGGGAACAGCGGGCAUUGAAAGACUGUGAGAGUCCGGUGGCAUGUGACAGCCAGGCGACAUUAUGUGAGAGCCCGGUGGCACUAUGUGAGAGCUAUCUAUAGUGGGCCAUGGGCAGAGGUAGUUGAGCUCCGUUGAGCACCAUUAUACCGUUGUAUCAUGGAUUUGUAGGCACCUGUGUGCACUGUGUAUGUAUGUCUGUCGAUCCUGGAACCCAUGUGUUUGCGUACGUCGCCCCUGUGUAACUGGCGUUGCGCUGGCAUGUAACGUAUGCCUCUCAGUGAGAGUGUGUGACAAGUACCUGUGUUUGUUGGCAUUGUAUGGUGCGUUAUGCGUCUGGUAGCCUGUUGGUAGUCUGGCAAUGUCGACCCGCGUAUUGUUCGUCGCACUGUGGCCGUUUGUAUCGCUCAGUUAUUGGUGCUAUUUUGUGACCUCAUUGUUUGUAGCGUUAGUGAGCAGCCAGGUGUGCAGAAGUGCGCGGAACACUGGCUGUUGUGAGCUGAGACGUUAUGAUUCGUGUGUACGCUUUGUCAGCCUGGAUGUUAUGCCCCGGAGACCGCUAUGGGGCGGAUAAAUCGGUGUGCAGGUUUGCCUACCGUGACAUUAUUUUUGAUAGACAACCGCUUUUGUCGUUUGCUGUGAGUAGUGAGAGCGAAAUAUCAGGUAUGUGUUCUUUACCCACCAAUUAUUACUUGUCUAUACCAUUUUCUCUCGCGCUAUCGAGUGAAGCUCAAGCGAACUGAGCUGCUGGUGCCGCCAUCUGUCAGGCGGACCUCGAACUGAUACCUCAGACACCGCAUACAGGGCGGCAGGCUGCUCUUUCAGUCCGUACAGGAUGCACCGAAACACUUCUGUUGCCAUACUGCGAGCAGCGGCGCUCGACGCCAGAUUUGACCAAUACAGCUGGUUAUGAGUGUCUCGUA